AUGUUAAGUAUGCUAUUCGCCUCAGUUUUGUUAGUUGAUCUCAAAUAUGUUUUAGUUGCAUCAGAGAACGUUUCAUCUCAACAAUGCCAUGAUCUCGGUUAUUCAUCAAACACACUCAUGUGUAGUAGUUGUGAUGAGUUAAAACAAUUUAAAUUAAAUAAACUUGAAGAUUCAUGUAAAAGUUGUUGUAUUAAUGAUCAAGAUGAUCAAGAGAAAGGUGCUGUAAGUAUAUCGAAUUCUUCAGAAAAUUUUUGAACUGAACAACGGUUAUUCUUUUGUACUAGAAAUACCAUCGAGCUGUUCUUCAAGUGUGUUCCUGAAAAUUAGGACGCUAUGCUCAAAUUCAAGCGUUUAUCAGAAGUGAUCGUCCAAAUAAAUAUCCAUCUUUUUCUGUUUCCUAUGUUCGUGGACUAGAUCCUAUUUUACUUUUGUAUGAUGAAAAUGAUAAACAAGUUGAAUCAUUGGGCAUAGAUAAAUGGAAUACUGACACACUUGAUGAUUUUCUACAUGAAAAUCUUCGAAACUAAGUAACGUAAACUUCUUUUUACAUACACAAUGUUACUUAUUUUACUGUGUUAUUUGCUUUUGUUUUUAUCCCUUUUUAACCAAAUUAAAUGAUCAAAAUUCAUCAAACCUAUCUGCUCGUCAACGGAGUGAAUUUUGUGAUUGUAAAAGAGGAAAAAAUGAGAUCUUAUAACAGAGUUAACAUUUUUAACAUUUGUAUUUUUAAACUUUAUUUGUAUAUGUUUUCUGAUUACUUUAUAAGUUUUUGAACAUUUUUGUUUUACUUGUUAUAAAUUAUUUAAUAAAUGGAAAAAAACACAUGUUUAUUGAGUUGUUUAGGUUAAAACUAAAUGUGGUUUUUUUCAGCGGUUCCGGAAUCUCGACAAAUAAGACUUUCGCCAAUGACGAAAGUCCACUGUACUUUCGCCAAUAUACCCCCUGGAAUUUUUUACACGUGUUAUUCAGCCACAUCCAAACAUGUGGAGAUUCAUUCAAUGCUUAAAGCAAGACGAAAGUGUCGUAUCUCAUAGAAUGGUUCAGACUGGAUUAGGUUUCUCUUCUGUGGUUCGACGCGCAAAGCAAAAAAUCGACGCGCAAAGCAGCUCGUAAAACUAAACAAAUUGAAAAACUGUUGCAUUUGUUAACGUCAAAAACAAGAUCAUUAGCUGGUACAAUCAAGUCUCUUACUCAUCUUAUUGACGAACCUAUUUGUCGUGGAAGGAAAGAAAAGAAAAACAAGAAUAAUGUUUCAAAAUCAAAUUCAUCAGGUGCAUCGUCAGAUGAACAUUAGACUAUGCUUUACUUGUAUUUUCUUCAUAUUAAUCUCGCUUUUUUCUCAUUAAAAACAUGGCUCGCUCAUAUGCGAAUAUAUCCUAAGUGUAAGCUAUGGUAUAUAUAUUCUAACAACAUUAGCUUCACUCCU